AUGAAGAGUUUCUUCCUCAUUUCCUCGAUCCUCGUUGUUUCUCUUGCUCUCGUCGGAGCUGAAGAUUCAGAAGAACAGAAUGUUGAUACUCCAAAGAAUGACGUGAAGCCAUGGAAAAAGCACGACUUCAGAAAGCUUGAGCCAGAAUUCUUGAAGGAAAUGGCUCAAGAUGCGAAGACAGCUUAUUUCGGAAUCAAGUUCAACCCAGAAUUGACCAAGGCUGAAAAGACCCAGCAAUUGAAGGAUUGGGCUGACAAGUAUGAUGUUGAGGAUGAAAUGCAAAAAUUCCUCGACGACAAGAAGUCUGAUUGCGAUAGAAAGAAAAAGGAGCGUGAGGUGAACUACGAACGUCUCGGAGAACUCAUCGAGAAGGCAAACGAGAUUCUGGAGGACCAGGAUAAUACGUGGAACGGAGCCAACGAGAAGCUUGAGACAUUGGUCAAGGAUGAGAACCGUGAAGUUUUGAAGGCCUUCCAAUCUUUCUAUCCAUUUGUCGGAAGAGACAAUGAGGGACCAAGACACGGACAUCAUGGACACAGAUUCCACCAUGGAAGAAGAUUCGGAAGAAACAUUGGACAUGGAGCUGCUCCAAAGCAUCACGGAGGAGGUAUCGGAAGCGGAAUCUCUUACAACGAACCACCAAGAAUCAACAACGAGAAUUACAACGCCUACGGACGAAAUGAGCCAAACGAGAGACAUCAUAAGAAACAUCACCAUCAAUACUAA